AUGUCGACCAAAGCCUUCGAAUAUGAUGGUGCCAAGUUCGUUACCAACAACUAUGCUGCAGUUCUGACCAAUGAUGAAGCUCCCAGUGAGUUCCAUCUAAUCCAAGAUUAUCUUGCCCACAGUGAGUUCAUGUAUGCACUCACUCAACCAGAGGUUAUUUCUCCGGCUCAAGUUCUGACUCUCUGGCGUUCAGCAAGAUAUAAUGAUGAUGGUGAACAUGGAUCACCAUCCUUAACCUGUAUUUAUGAGGAACAGGAGUAUAUUAUAACUCCUGAGACGGUUCGAAAGGCUCUUCACCUUCCAGAGCAUUCCAAGUAUCACAGUGCUGUUUCUACUCAAACUCUGAAGGAUAUGAUGCAAAAGUUAGAGGAUGAGAAUACUGUUUACUUUGCUCGAUUUUGUCAGCUUAUUUUAUCAUACCGUUAUCCUCUGGUACCUAAUCCUGAUACUGAUACUGAACUACCUUUUAAAAUCACUAAACGAGCAUUCACUGAUUUGAUGAAAAAGGAUAGUAAGAAACCCCAACUACCUGUUUUUGUUAUUCCUGUAACUCAACAAACAGAUGUACCAACCUCUGGUCCUUCCCAAAAAGGGCCAGUUGUAAAAUCUGACCACAAGUCCACCUCUGGUCCUUCCCAAAAAGGGUCAGUUGUAACAUCUUCACCUACCAGGGUGCUGAGAUCUUCAAAAUCACCAUCCAAACCAUCUCCUCCACCUAGGAAGAGAAGAUUUUUACAGCAGAUCUCAGACUCUGACUCUGACAAUGAACCAGUACCCCCUCCUCUUGUCUCCAGGCCCAAAAAGAAGAUCAAGCCCACCUCCACAAUCACUGAUCUUACUGUGGACCCUCCUCAGGAAUCCAUGGUUAAUCCUCUUGAGAUGGUCACAGUCUCUGAUCCUCUGAUGGUGGAACCACUAUCUGCUGUGCCUCUGACAACUUCAUCAGAACAUACUCCAGAAGCUGACAUUCCUAUGUCAGAAAAUAUUCCUGAGUCAGAGGAUCUUUUGCCACAACCUCCAGCAGCUGAUAUACCUUCUUCAGGAACAACUCCAGAAGAACAUGUGUCUACUCCAGAAGCACAUGUGCCUACUCCAGAAGAACAUAUGUCUACUCCUGAGAUUGCUCAGGAAAAUCUGAUUCCUGUUGAAAACUUUGUUGCAGCUCCUGAUCAGGAGAUCCUCAAUGCUGCAAACUCUGAGGGAGCUACAUCUCCUCUUUGUUCACAUACUAUCAGCAUCACAGCUCAUGAUGAUGAUGAUGACACUGAAGUAAACUCUGUUCCACCUGUUGACUCAGGAUCCCUUAUAGCUGAAAUCUCUGCUCUGCUCAGAGAAAGCAUCUCAGUCAGGGAAGUCUCUCCAAUUCAAUCAUUCUCUCCAGUCAGAGUUCCUUCACCUAUCAAAGUUCCUUCACCUAUCAAAGUUCCUUCACCUGUCAGAGAUUCUUCACCAACUCCUGAUUCUACAAUUCCUCACUCUGUGUCUACAAAGAGCAAGGUCUGUACAUUAACUUACUCCAGGAAUAUGCACAGAGCCCCAUCCUCUUCUGUGGAAGCCAGGCUAUUUUCUAUUGAAUCCACUCAGAGAUCAAUGCAGCAAACUCUGGCUGAUUUGAGCUCCUCUGUAGCUCAACUGGUACAAUUUCUCAACUCUAAUGCUUUGAACUCUAAUGAUGUCAAAAAGGGGGAGAAAGUUCUUAAAGACAAAUGCAAGGUUGAUCAGCAACAGAGAAAGCCAGAUGAUGAGGAGGAUGAUGAAGAAAAGAAGAAAGCUGAAAAAUCUGAAAAUACAAACUCUGAAAUAGUCUUACACACUCAGAGUGAGACUAAGGAAAAUAGGAGUGAUAAGGUUGGAAGCAGUUCUAAACAAACUCAGACUACAAAGUCUCAGACUCAGACUACAACUCAACCUCUGAUACCAGCUGACAAUAAAUCAAAAGCUCUCUCUGAGCAACUAAUUGAGCUUGGUAAUCCUGAAUCAAAAAUUUUGAGUCACACAGUGAAGAUUCAGGGAGAGGAAACAACCUUAUUCUACAAAGCUCCUACACAACUGGAUUUUGAUGAAGCAGUUGCAAAGAAUAUAUUUGAACAAGAAAAUCCAGGGGUGUCAAUUGAAGAUAUCAGAAAAGAAGAAGAAAGGUUGGCUGCUGAGAAGAAGAAGAUCAGCAAAUCUAAGUCUGAUGAAAAGAAAGCAAAGUCUGAUGGAAAGAAACAGAUCAUUGAUUCCUCCUCAAAGAAAUUACCAUCUUCAAAAAGAAAAGGAAUAGUGAUCAGUGAAGUCAAUUAUGCUGAUAUCAAUAGGCCCAGAGUUUAUCAGAAGAAGUCUGAUUCUGAUUCCAGUGAAAAAGGGAAAAAUGUCAUUGAUGGUGUUCCAUCAGAAAAGAAAACUGGAUCAGAACUGACACUUGCAACAGUUCCUGAGUCUAUUGAUCAGAAUUUAGCCUCUGACACUGCUCAAGCUAAAAAUAUGAAGGAAGAUCAGCUGAAAGACAAAGGAACAAGAGGAAAGGAAGCAAGGGACACAACUGGUCUAGGUCACAAGAAAGAGAAAAUUCAGACAAGUGCUGCAACUUUCUUCAAAGAUCCAUAUCCUCUCACUGAGAAGGCUGGAGAAGUUGUAACACAGAAAGACCUUGACAAAAUAGAGUCGGUACAAAUUCUGAUGGAUACUCAUGAUGGGCCAGAAGAUAAAGAGAAAAUUGCUAUAUUUUUGGAAUCUGGCAGAGUUUACAGAAUUUCUGAAGCUGAUCUAUUAAUAAAGUCUCUAAGGGAACUUGAGCAUAUUAAUUAUAUGCUUGAGAUAAAGAAUGAAGCAACCAAGAGAUGGUCUGAGAGGCUGAAAAGAACUAUCCAAGAAAAGAGAAGAUUUUAUAGGAUAAGUUCUAAUGCUGAAUAUGUUCCUAUGAUAACUCAAGAAGAUGGUUCAGAGAUUGAUAUGAUCAAAAAUAGCUCUGUUAUGGAGACUAUAGCUGGAACCAGAAUUUUGGGUUACAAUAAUGAAGCUGACAGACCAGGAGCUAUUCAAUUGGGAGAAGCUAUGAAAAGAUGCAAGGCAAGAGCCUUGAGAUCAGCUAUAUACCAGACAGGAGAAGACAAUGAAGAGUUAAAGACUGUCAAAGCUCAGAUGAUACAGACUCUGAAACAGAUUGAAAAAGAUUUGAUCACUCAGUUUGUCAAGGAGAGCUAUGGAUAUAGACUGAUUGGCUAG